AUGUUGCAGCAACUGGCUCGGCUCUUGAUCCUAAUUCUCAUCUGGGCCUCUGUCUCGCGAGCGGAGGUGCUGGUCGAUUUCCAGGUUGCAGAGCCCCCUCCCGUGCCUCAAGACACACAGCAGUGCACGAUACAGAUACUUGAACGUACAUUUGGUUCGUCUUACGGGGAUCCGGAGAUUGUCCAGUAUACUCCACCUACGGAUUGUGGGCCCGUGGGCUCAUGGGCUGGAAUUACUCUAAACUUUACUGUGACAUCGAAUGGGACCCAGUACGAUCGCUUGGGUAUCUUCACAUUCCAAAACGUGGAAAUCUGGCGUACAUCGACGCCUGAGCCCACUCCCGACGGUAUAAUUUGGACGUACAUCAAAGAUGCAACGCGCUAUCUACCGCUUUUCUCAAAGGCUGGAACGUUCAUACUGGAACUGGACAACAUUCUUGAGGAAGGAUUGACGGGUCAAUACGCGUCGACCCUCCAUGCAACAUUCUAUGCGUCCUCUGCUCAACAUCCCCCGGCGCCUCGGGCAGAUGUGAUCAUACCCGUGACAACGCUAGCCAACAAUACUGGGGAUGAGGCAUCCGUUCCUCCCAUUUUUUCUCUUAAUGUGACUGUUCCGCAAAAUGCCGUCCAAAUAUACGCCGAGCUUUACGCUUCGGGCAACGGGGACGAGGAGUUUUGGUAUUUCAACACUGCCAAUGAGUAUCUGUACGACCUGCCCGCUGGAAUAACGUACGGCAACGGGCCAUUCCGGGAAGUCCGUAUGCUUGUAGACGGACAAGUCGCAGGCGUGGCUUUCCCAUAUGCGGUGAUUUUCACUGGCGGAAUCGUUCCAUCCGCAUGGCAACCGAUUACAUCCUACGGUGCUUUGGACCUGCCAACUUACUUCAUUGAUCUCACACCGUUCGUGCCUGUCCUAGCCGACGGCCAAGCACACAACAUCAGCAUUGACGUUGUUUCUGCCGAAACGAACCACACCAUAAAUCCCAACUGGUAUGUCUCUGGGAACUUGCAGGUCAUUACGGACUCCUCGUCAAAGCCGACUACUGGAAAAAUUCUUGUCUAUGAUGUGCAACCCUACGCAGAGACAACUACCACUGGUAGCGUUGGUGCCAACGGCGAUGUGAACGUUACAGUUAGUGCCAGCCGGAAAAUCCUGAUAGAAUCUGAGAUCAUCAGCGGAAGUGGAGAGUAUACCUACGUCGUGUGGACGCAAAAUCUGGAGUAUUCGAACACCCAGUAUUAUUUAGACAAUUAUAAUGUCCAAAAUGUUGUUCAAACAGCUUCCGGGUCAUUUGCCUCCACCCACAACGGAGUCCUUUCUCUCAACGACCAAUUCUCGUACCCUCUUGACAUCAACUUCACUGUCCUCAACUCUGAAGGCACUAUCUGGGAUGCGGUCAUUGAUCAUUCAUAUGAUCGGACGCAGCUGCCUAGUCCUUUCAUUUUGGGCUCGACGAUCACGGAACACCAGGUCGCCUACGGCCUCUUCGUCGAAACUAGCAGCGGAAAUUAUGGAAAUGGGACAAGCAACAAUACCUUCAACUACGCUGACCUGAACGGAAACACGUAUUAUAGGAAUGUGAACGCAGCUUAUGAGAACAUCACCUACGACAGCAUCGGCGGUACACUUGCCGCUAGCAACUCUUUCGCGUUCCCAUCAUUCAAUUCGUUCGCUCAGUUUGUGAUGGCGAAGCCUCGUUUACCUGGAGGCAGACAAACAGGGCUUUAG